AUGUCUUCAACGACGGAUGAGCAACUUCUAGAGUACAUUGCUCAAGGGCAUUAUGACAUCGCUCGGUCUAUGAUAUCUGAAAGAAUUAGAAAAUUUCCAAAUAGAGUAUAUUAUAAGAUAUUAUUGAAUAAAAUCAUAUACAAAUCUGAAUCAACUCAAUUAGGUAUUGAAAACAAUUUACAAAUACUAAAAAAUUUACCAAAUGAUUCAAACUCAAUUUUGACAUUAAAUGAAUUUUUCACAGAGUGUGGAAUGGAAAAAGAAGCAGAUUUAUGUUUUGAAAAUAUCAUCAAGAAGUAUCCUAUAAAGUCCAAUGAAAUUUGUUUCCUAUGGUUUAAUAAUUGUAUUGAUACAUUAGAUUUAAAGAAAUUCAACAAAAUUUUCUCAUAUUUAAACAAAAGUAAAAUAAAGAAGUAUAUUUAUUGGUACAGCUUUAGUUUUUACUUAUUAUAUCAACAACAUAACGACGAAGAAUCGAAAUUGAAUUUAUACAAAUCGUUUGGUAAAAAAUUAAUUGAGAAUGAAAAAAUUCAAAAUAAUCAACAAUUAUAUGUAUAUACCAGGUUUUUGAUACUAGAUGAAGAUUAUAAGACUAUUGAAAAAGUUUUGGAAGAAAUUAAUUUCCCACUAGAUCUAGAAAUGCAGUUAUUAUACCUAGAAUCUACAAAGAGAAAUGAAAGUUGGUCAAAAUUAUUUGAAUACACCACAAACUCAUUAUUUAAUGACAAAUUUGAUGAUUUUGAUACUUACAAAUUAUGGAUUAGAUCUGGAAAACAUUUGGGUAUGUCGUACGAAGAUUUAAAACAGAAAUUAGGAGAUUCAAGAAAUGAAUUGCUCACUAAAAUAGAAUUAGAUAUACUUUAUGAAAAAAGCAUUGAUGAAAAUGCUGAAAUAUUUUUCAAGCAAUUUCAAAAUAAAUUAUGUUGUUUUCCAGACUUAUCAAAAUAUAAAUUACCACCAAAAUUCUAUGAGGCAAUUAAAGAAUCCUCCGAAUCCAAACCAAAUAAUGCAAUUGUUUUAGUCAAUAAUCAAAAAUUUUUGCCAAAUAGUGUAAAUAGCUGGGACUUUUAUGACAAAAUUAAAACAGAAAGAUCAGAAUUUGAUAAUGAUCCAAUUAAUGAAUUGUUCCUCAUGUCAAUUGAAGAGCAACUCCAAACUCCAACACUUGAAAAUAUUAUCUCAAGUAUUGCAAUUAUAAAAAACCUUUUAAUCCAAGAUAAACACAACUACAAAUUAAAAUUAUUACUAGUCAAAUUAUAUUCACAAUUAAAUACAAAUGACAUGAUAAUUCCAAUAUACCAAUCACUCAAAAUAAAAAUGAUUCAACAUGAUACUUUAAGUUAUUUAUUAACAAAAACAAUCCCAAAUAAAACAUCAUUAGAACAAUUUGUUGAAAUUUUUAGAUUUUAUUUAACUGCAACUCAAGAAAUUAAAGAAACUAUAUAUAAUGGAUUUGAAUCAGAAGUUUACAAUAAAUUAGAAAGUUUUAUAAAUUUUGGUCUUAGAAUAAAAACAUCAUUUUCUUUAUAUUUUGUAUUACAAAAAAUUAUUCAGAUAUCUAUAGUGAUGAAUGAUAAGGGAUAUAUGAAUUAUUUUAAUGAUUAUUUAACUAAAAAUGAAAAAUUGAUUUUGGGAGAAUGGAAAGAUAAUAGAGAUUUUAAAGAAGAACUGAAUGUAAAAAUUUCAACUAACGAUUCAUCUAUAAAAGUUAAAUUGAUUAUAUACAUGAUGAUAAAUCAAUUAAAUGAAGAGGAAAAAGUAAAAAAUCAUUUAAAAACUUACAACAAAUUAGUAUCAAAUACUUCACAUUUGAGUCCUUGGUCAAACUUAAUCUAUAAAAAUUAUUACAACUUGUUUAAAAUUAAAACCAACAUAAAUGAAAAUGAAUCAAAAUCAUUGUACAAUUUCAUAUUGAAAAAUUUAAAAUUUGAUAAACUUAAAACUUUCUUUGUUGAUGAUUUAACUUCUAGUGAAACAAAUUCAAAAUUAAUUGAUUUAGUUGAAUUGAUUCAAAUUAUUAAAUUGCUAUUUUCUAAUAACUCCAAUUCAGAUUAUAAGAUUUUACUCAUACAAUUAAGUACUUUAAUCAAUGAAUUCAAAAAAGAUAAUUUCAUAAUAAACUCACAAAUCAAACAAAUUGAUGAUAUAAAUUUCCAAUUACCAAUUGACUUAGAUAUUCAACCAACACUUGAUGAAAUUAAGGAAUCUAUAACAUUCUCAACAAAAUCAAUACUUAAUAACUUGAAAUAA